AUGUCAUCGGACUACAACUUCAACUUUCCACCUCCAUCCUCGAUGUUUGGCCCUGGAGCAAGCAUGGGGUAUGGCGGGAUAUCUCAUGGAAUGGGGAUAGGAAUGGGUAUCCCAGGGGGGAUGCAUACAAGUGGCACGAGCGGGACAUCAAACAGCGCUGGACAGUCUAUGCCACACUAUGCAGCAACUUCUCCUCCUCCUGACUUUGGGGGUGCAUCUGCUGGUGGAAGCAGCUCACACCAGCUGCCCAGCGGGGGUGCUCCUUUGAAGUCCUUGAAGAUAUCAGCUGUUCUGAAUGAUUUAGCAAUAAUCAACCGGCAUUUGACUCAUGCAGAAAUGCUCGAAGUCCAACAUGCGCAGCAAAUUCAUGUGCUUGAGGCGAAAUUUGCAGAACAGCUCGAGGCUGUGCAACGCCAGUGGGAUUUGCAGCUCAGUGAGGUGCAGCAGGCAUGGAAUACAGAUGGGACUGAUGAGGAAGGGAUGGACAAGGAACUCGAAAAGGAUGUUGUGAGGAUGGAGAAAAGUGCAGCCGCAUAUGGAGACAAUGGUCUGAAGGCCGUUGUGUGCAUGGUGUUUCAGACACUCAUGGGAGUCAGAAAACUGACAGCAGAUACUCUACCUGCCUAUCCAAAGGAUGGAGCAACUUGGCCUGUGGACGAGGCAACUAAGGAGCGACUUCUUCGAUUUUGCAUCACCCGAAUCUUUCAAUACAUCCACAAGAACAGCAUCUCUGUCUGUCCUUCAUCUGGCCCUGCCUUACGUGACAUCAGUGAUGAAGAUUUACAUGAUCGCAUUGUGAAAAAAUACCAGGGUCUCCAACGAAACAUCCGCCAUGCUGGAACAGUGCCUCCUGGAGCAGAGACUAUCACACCAUCUGAUGGCACUGACCCAGUAGUAAUCGCACCUUCUGCACCCAUCAAAUUGCCUUCGUAA